AUGCCCAAGGUCAACAGCUAUGCGCCGGCCUGGCUGUGCCGGCCCUCCCCCGGUGCCAGCCUCUUCACGAGCAACGCCGACAACAGCCCUGCGGAGGAGCUCCAGACUAAACCUAAGCCUUCCACUGACAGUGGUGCUGCCCGAACGAUCGCAAAGAGGGGCAAUGAAAUCUUCGUCGUGAUCGACAAUGAGAUCCGCUGGUCCAACCUUGCGCGCCUCAAGGAUCAAUGGCAACAAGAGGCCAGGAAGAAGAAAACCAAGGACCAGACGAACAGCUCUCUCAUACCAUCAUACAGGGUUCUCGCCGUGCCCGUCUACGGACUGAUCAAACAGAUCCUGCCCUCCCCGAAUGGCGCUUUUCUCGCAAUCGUCACCGAGCACACCGUUCACAUCGCCGUGCUCCCGGAUUCGUCUCAUCUAUCAUCCACCGAUAAAUCUCCCAUUCGACUGAAGACCUACCAGCUUGGCCCGACUACCCAUGUUAUCCCGGAAUCACCAGUUGUGUCGGCAUUAUGGCACCCACUGGGUUUGCACACCAACCUCGGUGGAUGUCUGGUCACAAUCACUGCUGAUGCUGCAGUGCGAGUUUGGGAGCUAGACCGGAACAACCAUUGGUCUUUUGAUCAGCCCACAUUGGCCGUUGACCUGAAGAAGUUGGUCGAUGGCACCUCGUCCGACCAGGACUUUGCGCCGUCUGGAUUCGGCAAGAGCAAGGGAUUCUCUGCGGAUGUCUUCGAUAUGGAGGUCGCAUCGGCUUGCUUUGCUGGAAAUGGCAAUGACAAGGAGGAUGCUUGGGCACCCAUGACUCUGUGGAUUGCCAUGAAGCCUGGUGACCUCUAUGCGUUGUGCCCAUUGCUGCCAUCCAAAUGGCAAGCACCAUCCGCAACCAUCCCUUCGCUCUCCUCGGCUAUCAUCCCGAAGAUGGCUGCCCUUGAAGAAGCACCAGAGGACAUGGAGGAGGAGUUGAUCGCAUGCCGGCAGCAAUAUGACUGGCUGCGUGAGAUUGAUGACCAGGAGCCUUUGAACCCUCCUGCUGACUCGGAUACGAUUCGGGGUGCGGAUGUGUUCUCUCGGCCAGCAAACCCGAGUGCGAUCCCGCGCCUGCAGGGACCGUUCCGCUUCGACACUGGUGAUGAGCUCGAUGACCUGGACCUUUGUGAUAUUCUGGUCAUCGCCGCCAGACUAAACGUUGAGGAUCUGAUGAUGGGAGAAGACGAAGUGUUGGCAGUGGAGUCUAGCGAUCAAGAUAAGCUGUCUGCAACGGUCAUCUGCCUUACCAGCGGUAACGGCCGCGUUCACAUUUGUCUAGAACUGGACGGCGUCGAGGGCCAGUGGCUCCCCAAGGCUAGAAAGAACGCCUUCCGGACUCCUCUUUCGGAGCCUGCUGAUCUGGUCUUGGUCGAGUCCUUGGAUACCAUUAAAACGAAUGGCACCGAAUCUGUGACUUGGCCCACUUUCACCAAGGACAUCCACUCUCGGUAUUCCUUCUUUGUAACGACCGCAUCGAAUGUGGUACACUUCUCCAUGUCGUCCUGGGUGCAGAGAUUGGAGUCCGAAUUGCAGGCCGAGGAUACGACCGGCUCGGGCUUCCGACUCCAGGUCCUUUGCAGUGGAAACGUCGCCCAGAGAGAGAAAAUCUUGCAAGUUUCAGACGUGGAUGUUACUUCCGAGAAGGAGCAUCUUGCUGCAUCCCUCGUGUUCUAUGACUUUGAUCUGGGAUACCUCCUUCUCACCUAUGUUCCAUCCAGUCCGUAUGCGGCUGUGAUGGAUGCUCCGGAGGAUUCUUUCUCAGCAACGAUGGAUCUUCGCACUUACAGUCAAAAGACCAGCGGAGACUCUUCCCCCAUUCUCGCCCCUCGCCGCGCGCCUUACCAAGUUCCUGCCAUCCUGUACGCAAAGUCCCCACUGGAAUCUUUCGUCGAGAAGCACGUCCCGCACCGCCAGCGACACACGCUUAAAGAGCAGGUCCGCCUCUCUCCUGCGACACUUGACCUGGUCACCACAGCCCACCGUGUGCUUUCAGCUCACACCAAUGCGCUGGAACGAGCUGCCUCGGACUUGUUCCGUCGUUGCGAGAGGCUGCGGGGUGAGAUGAAGGACCAGCUCAAGCAGCUAUCAGAUGUUGCGGAGCGGAUCAACGGCGUGACAAGUGAGAUUGGCGAGGACGGCAAUCGCAAGGAUGGCUCUCGGAACGGCGCUGCCCUUGACAAGAGACUGCAGGCUGCUAAGGACAGACAGAACGCGCUUGUGCAGAGAUAUGAUGCAUUGCGCAAGAAGCUUCUUAACUCUGGUGGUCGCCCCUUGAGUGACAAGGAGAAGGCCUGGGUCUCUGAAGUCAAGGCUUUGUCCGAAUCUGUUGGCGGUGCCGAUUCCAAGCCCAGCGAGGCAGACCAACAGCUCACACAACGCUUGGAGACAGUCAAAACUCUUGCCACCGACCUCGUGGCCGAGACCAAAACUCUUGCAUCCAAGGUGCCAUCGGGCCCCGAGCCUGGAAGCCCUGCUUCUCCGGGUGGCGCUCACCCCAAGGUGCCGCAGCGACUUCAGCGUGCUAAGAUUGCUGAUGCGAUGAGGAUGGUUGAACGAGAGUCUGCGGUUAUCGAUGCGAUUACUUCUCGUCUGGAGCGUCUCAACACGAGCAUUUAA